AUGUCCCUGGAGUUCAUCGAAGCUGCCAUGCACAGGCGCAUCAUCGUGAAGACGCAGCGCUUUCCGCCGGUCGGGCUGAUGUUCCAAAGGCCGUUCUUCAGCUCCAAAACUCCGCAGCGCGCGGGUGUCGAGGUGGCGCUUCAGUCCGAAGAAGUCUGUGAUCGCAUCGCCGCCAUGCAGGCCCGCCUUGAAAAGGCCAUCCUCCAGGAAGCAGAUCAGGAGAGGAGCGCGGUCAAGUGGCUGGCCUGUGUGGCACAUUUCGAGCCUGAGGACAUGGAGAGUGAGGUCCUCAAGGAGUUUCGGGUGCUGAAGGCCGAGAUGGAUCGGCAGAUUCACGCGCGGCGGGCGGCAAGCACCCAGGUCACGUGCAUCCGUGCUGGCGAAGGCAGCGAUCUCUGGUUGGGCCGCCACGCCCAGAACCGAUGA